GACGGCACUAAGGAAUGAAAAUGGCGUCGCGUGCACGGUGCCGAUGAUUUUCGUUACGUUACAUUAUCUUUUGUGCAUAAUACAAGCGAAACGUGAGCGAUGUUUCUUAUUUAAAGGUGGGAAGUUUCGCGGUAUCCUGUAUGAAAUAUCGUUUAAUAACAUCGCUCGCGUAGCGUCAUAAUUUCGGUGUAACUCGCGCGACAACGAUCGUGUGUGUGAGAGAAUCAGGGAAAAAGUACUGUUUUGCGUAUGGCUUUUAAAUCGCACGGACAGUUCCGCCUCGCCGAUAUACGUGUUCUUGGUGGUGAACGUCGUUGACAUGACGAAAGACGCGUGUUUCGUUCUCGUGCAUCACGAAACCACGAUGAGCUAUGUGCUUUGACGUACACGAGUGAAAUCUAGUUUCGUUCAAAGACUCGCAAAGGUGUGGAGACGUCGUGCGUGUUGGCCACCAUGGCGGUGAAUCCGCGUGAUAUGGACGGUUUUAUGCCGCUCCUGUCAACGACUGACAUCAAGAAAAAGUUAAACGUCGGUAGUUUGCUGUUGAAUUACUUGGGAGAUGCGACCAAGAGCAUCGAGUGUCAGGACAUCGGACAGUUUAUCGACAACAUCAUACCAUGGUUAAGCAACGGCAACCCCAAGGUCGUGCAGAAUGGUUUAGAAAUCCUCACGUUUCUCGCGGAUCGAAUGGGUCACGACUUCAAGCCUUACAUCUCCACUAUUAUUCAGCCAACGAUAGACAGACUAGGUGACAGCAAGGAUGCGACACGGGAAAAGGCGCAACUGGUGCUUCUCAAAAUAAUGGAGAAAGGGUGUAUGUCUCCUCAACAACUUUUGGACAGACUGCGACCGGCCUUUAGUCACAAAAACGCAAAGUUACGAGAGGAAGCUCUGAUUCUAUUGACCACGACGUUGAACGAGCACGGCGCUGAUGAAAUGAUACUGUCCGGAGUGAUUCCAAGUAUCGUGAAAUUAUUAUCGGAUCCAUCCGAAAAAGUGCGAGAAACUGCUUUAAACACAUUGGCGGAUAUCUACAGACACGUUGGUGAAAGAUUACGAGUGGAUUUGCAGAGAAAGCACAAUGUACCGCAAGCUAAAUUGCUGUUGCUGAUAGAAAAAUUCGAUCAGCUGAAAGCCGCUGGCGACUUGCUGCCUCUGGCCAUGUCCUCGGACGUUGGCAAAGCCACCGAUGAAACGGACAGAGCGAUUAAAUCGGCUCCUGUGAAAAGGUUAGCUGCUGCUGCUACUGCUGCUGCUGCUCCUCCGAAAAGAGGACAAUUCGGUCCUGCGAAAGCUCCAUCUUCAGCUCUAGCUCAGCCUGGUAAUACAACUUCCAUGGUUCCAAGGGCUACAACCGUCAAAAGAAACGUGUCAGUAAAAUCGACACCAGGUCAAGCUGGCGCCGUCGACGAGGAAACUUUCCUUACAGCGUUCGAAGAUGUGCCAUCUGUAAAUUUGUUUUCAGCAAAAGAUCUCGAAGAGCAGAUGAAAAUCAUAAGAGAAAAUGUUGGUGACGAUAAAAAAGAUUGGAAACAAAGGACAGAGAGUAUGAAAAAAUUAAGAGCAAUCGUUAUAGCGGGUGGUACGAAUUACGAAAACUUUUUAGAAAACUUGAAGAGCGUGCAAAGAUCUUUCGAAGUUGCUUGCACGGAUCUUAGGUCGCAAGUGGUAAGGGAGGCGUGCAUUACCUUAGCGUUUCUUAGUCAACAGUUAAAAAAUAAAUUCGCUAGUUUUGGAGAAGCAGUCUUACUCACCUUAAUGAACCUCAUACAAAACAGUGCCAAGGUUGUGGCAACAGCUGGUGCCGUAGCCGUGAGGUUUAUUCUUCAGAAUACGCAUUACAGUCGUUUCGUGCCAAUUAUCACAUCCUGUUUAAGUCACAAGAGCAAAGACAUACGUCGAGCAUCGUGCGAAUAUCUAAAUCUAAUUUUACAAAUAUGGCCUACUCAAAUAUUACAGAAACACUUGACCAUCUUACAAGACACGAUCAAGAAAGGUAUCGCCGACUCGGAUUCGGAAGCAAGAGCCUUUGCCAGGAAGUCAUAUUGGGCAUUCAAAGAUCAUUUUCCGGAACAAGCAGAGGCAUUGCUCAACAGCCUCGACACUGCGUAUAAACGCUCGUUGAUGUCCCUUAGCAAUAGCGGUAGCAUUAACAGUCUGAACGUAGUGACGAGAUCGGCCAGCGUUAGUCCUCGAACAUCCAGACCAGUAAUGAGCGCCACAGGUAGUACGGAAAAUUUGCAUCAGUCUUCGGGUCAACCCCAUGGCCCGCUCAGACGAACUCCGUCCUUGCCACGGUCUUAUCGUCAGUCUGGUAUUCCAAUUCUCCAAAGACCCACUGAUAGUCAUUAUCGUGCAACUCCGGGCGUUAGAUCCACUAGCGCGAUAGAUUUGCAAGCCGCGCAAAGAGCUAAAGCGAGAAUGAUGUACGCGAAUAUGAGCAGACAGAAAGCGUCCCUUCCACGACCUAGCAAAUCACCGGACACAACCGCCGUUGCUAGUCCAGAAAGAACCGCAAGAACAAGGACCAGAGUAUCUGGAGUGUCGCAAUCUCAGCCUAGCAGCAGAUCGGGAUCACCGUCCUCGAGACUCAGUUAUGCAACGUACAAUCGCGAAGGAGAAUCGUUAAUUGCAAGACCUAGACGGUUAUCCGGCCACGGGAUCAAAAGUACCGGUAACAGUCGUGAACCAAGCCCGCAAAGAUUUGGAAUGGAUAGAAGUUUCGCGAGCAAAAUACGGGGAAGAAGUUUACAUAUGUCUCCGACGGACAGGCCUCAAUCCAGACCAGUUAUGGCACAAAAGAUGCUGCAGCAAUCGCGUGAAGCGGAAUCAGCGUUGGCGGACGCGCUUACCUUUGAAAAUAUUGACAAUUACCCAAGAACACCAAGAGGAAAGGGCGAUCACAGCGAUGACAGUGAAACCAGCAGCAUAUGCUCUGAACGAAGUAUGGACAGCUUUAGACGACCAAACGAUUCGUUCUCAUGGAGUGGCUCUCAACAAAGACUGUAUCGUGAUAUGUGGGAUCAAUCUAUCCCAAAGGAUAUCAAGGAAAUCAUAGAGAAUUGCGCGCAUAAACAUUGGGGCGAUAGGAAAGAAGGUUUAGUCGGAUUGCAACAUUUUCUUUCAAAUGGAAAUACGCUUACAGCUACGGAAUUGCGCAAAGUAACAGACAUCUUUACGAAAAUGUUCAUGGAUUCUCACACGAAAGUAUUCAGUUUAUUUUUGGACACACUGAAUGAAUUAGUAGCUACUCAUAGCGAAGAUCUCGGUGACUGGCUUUAUGUUUUGUGUGCUCGACUUUUGAAUAAAUUAGGCACCGACUUGCUUGGCUCGAUACAAGCGAAAAUACACAAAACCCUCGAGGUUGUUAGGGAAUGCUUCCCCGGAGAACAGCUUUUGCCGGCUGUAAUGAGGUAUCUGACGGAUCCAACACAAACGCCAAAUUCCCGUGUAAAAAUAGCCACACUCGUGUUUAUCACGCAAAUAGCAGAAACGGCAGAACCGUCUGCUCUUAUUAACUCUGCUGGGACAGCGCUCGCAAGGUUACUCGACUGGUCGAACGAUGUUAAAAGCCAAGAUGUUAGGAGGCAUGCACAAAAUGCUGUUAUAUCGCUGUAUAAUUUGAAUCCCCCGAAAGUCACUAUGAUAUUAGCUGAAUUACCCAAGUAUUAUCAGGAGGCGGCACUGCCUUUAGUGCAAAAUCACUUGAGGAAAUCGUCGGGUUCGAGUAAUCCCGCGUCCCCUGGAACUCCGCCUCCUAGGGCGCAGAGCUCACCAGCUCGUACGAAAGGUAAAGGUGACAUUGACAAUGCGGAUGAAAACUUGGAAGAAGUUUAUAAAUCUUUAAGGCGUACGACAGCGGAGAUACAAAAUUAUGGUUUCGAACGUUUAGAAAGAGCAACUACCAGCAAAGACAGUGGAAUCAGCAAUAUGGCUGAUGUCGAGGAAAAGAUGGAAGGACUUACAUUAUGCAACUCGGGUCGUUCGUCUUCCGUUUCUUCGCCCACGCAAAGGGGACGAUCUGUGACUAAUAUUACAGUUAAUGGUUCAAGUGAUACGAUCGCCGGGGAUCUUAUCCUACCUCAGGAAAAUAAUGGUUACAAAACGCAUGGAUCAUCACCCGAUUCGAUAAAAAGGCCAGAAGUUUUAGAUAAUAUGAUUAAAACGUUGCAAUCCAAGAUGACACAAACCGAAGAGAAAGUGUCAGCUCUACAAGAAUUUCAAUUGUAUGUUCGCGAAGGGGAUGCUUUGUAUAUUAAACAGAAUUUUAAAAAGCUGCUCAAGACGUUGUUAGAUAGUUUGACUAACGAUAGCAAGAAAAUGCAAGUAGAAGUACUUCAAACUUUAAUCGAUAUGCUUAAAUGUCCAGAACUUGUCGACAGUUUUUCCGUCUAUCCUGAAUUGCUGGUUUUAAAAGUAAUUAACGCUUAUAAAUUAGACGACCAGAAACAAGAUUCUUCCACUAGUAGCAAUUCAAGAUCUCCAGUUCUCUGGAUGGCGGAAAAAUGUGCUGCAACGAUAGCGAUGGUUCUAAAGCCAGAACAAGUGAUUCACCUAGUAUCGACUAUAAUAACUACCGAACCAUAUCCCCUGAAUAUGGGCGCGAUAAAAAUGCUUCACAAGGUUGUGGAACAUUGGGGUCGCGAUGCGAUAGAACCUCAUUUGUCGAAGGUCAUGCCCGGUCUCAUCAAAGCGUACGACGAUAAUGAAAGCGCGGUACGUAAAAGCGCUGUGUUUUGUAUGGUAGCAAUACAUUUGGCAGUUGGUGAAGAAUUGUUGAAACCUCACCUCAGCUGCUUGUAUACCAGCAAACUGAAGCUUUUAAACAUUUACAUACAACGCGCGCAACAAGCGAACAGUCAACCGGCAAGUCCACGUAGCAAUAGUAAAAAUUAACUAACAUCAAACUCCGCGACGCUUAGGAUCGCGAUACUUAAGAGAUUUGCCCGUUUGAGUGCGAGGCAUGAACGAAUGCUGGUUAGCUUCCUCAGUAAGUCCAAUCCGUGAUGGCUACGAUCGAGCAGUAAAAAACGAUACAUGUCGAUGUUUUUCAAUAUGAUAGACUGAUUGAUCUACAUGAUUUCACGGCAAGGUGUAUUAACGGCAUACCUGAACUCCUGACAGUGAUGUUGCACAAAAACAGGUAGUAUGCAAGUUGUUUACGCGUAUUGUUUCGUUCACCGAAAAUCUAUGCCUAUCUAUCAAAGACAGAAUCGCUUUAGAUAUAAGGUUCCUCGAGUCAUAAUACAUGUAUUUUUUAUCGAUACGUUACAUCCUGAUAUUGAGUUGUUUCUCUUAGCGUUGUUUCUUAUUUUAAGAAAAAGGGAAAGAAGGGGGGGGGGAAGAAAAGAAAAGAAAGGAAAAAGCAACGGGAGAAGCUUUAAAAGGCUUCUCCUGCUCCUCCUAUCUUAUCGCAAGCUCGCAAAACAUAGUAUCGUGCCUCUUGUCCACUUUGCGUUUUUAUAUACUUUGAAUUCUGUUCGCGAUAUCUCGUUAGGAUAUUGUAUAUAUUUACGUAUGUAUCUCAGUGUAUUGUUGUGCAUCCCCUUAGAGUUGAUUGCGGUUGUUCGACAGGAAUGUGAUGCCAAUGACCCUAAAUGUCGUCGAUCUGACGUGAAUGAAAGUAUGAGGGGACAGUGCGACAUCACUGCCGAGAGAGAGAGAGAGAGAGAGACUCAUAUAUACUUUGUAAGCGGAAUAUACGUGAAUGCCAAUUAUAUCGAUACCGAGAGACAUUGUAUAAAAAUACGUUAUACGUUUGUUCGCCGAUUUACAAACAUCGCUAACAGUAUUGCAUCUUGCAAUGGAUAAGUUAGGAGAAAGGUGAAAGGACUCAAAGGUAUCAAAGGGUGAAAAGUUCAAACUGAGAAUAGGCGCUAUGUUUGAUAUCGGUUCUGUAUGAACAGUGAGAGUGAAUAAAUUUCAUAUAAAAUAUUUUCUUCGCAUUUCAGCAUUAACGACAUAGAGAAGGCUCGCGCGAAUAUCGUAUUUCUUAAUAAUUUGCAUGUGUGCAUAAUACGAUUGUCACGGGAGCAGCUCUCUUACAUGCGUCGUGUAGAUCGAGAUGUUGAAAAACAAACCAUGAACAUAUUUGUUAAAACUCCAUGUGCUAGUCAGAUUUCCAAGGACGCACAAUGACACAAGAGAUGCAGACGAGAGAUGGUCGAAUGUUUUUCGAGAAAACAACAGGAACAAUAUUUGAACGGACAGAGUCUGCGAGAGAAACAGAGAGAAUGCGAUAGAGUGAAUGAGAGAUUAUAUGCGACGAAAUCAGCAAAACUAGAUUAGCAACGAUUAGGGGAAUGAUAUUCGAAACUAACGUUAAUAUUUAAACUAUUCGUCACGUUGCCAAUAAUUAAACGAAUGCUAAAUCAAAGCUAACAUAACGAGUUUAGUAAUAUUCUGUGCCAUUGUCGUUUUUGUUUUAUUUAUAUAUAAGGAUAAAAUUAUAUAUAAAUAUAUACUUAUCA